UGACACAUGCUGCGCCUCUUGACAGGCCGUCCGACAGCAUGAUCACUGCCAAGCGCAAGCACGACGCGGGGAUCCAUGAGACAGAACAGGUGACGAAAAGAACUUCUAGUCCUAGCAAUAGUGCGGUUCUAGGCUACAAUGCUCACGCCCCGUGGCUUCAUGAUGCGAAACCCUCGCGCGCCUGGAGGACACUGGGCGACCGCGCCGUUCCACCGUCGUUGCCGCUGGCCAACAUGGUGUCAACCGUCCAGGACCUCAUCGACCCGGACUUCGAUCCAUUAGUCGCUAUUUUGGAUGAUGAACCCCGCUUCCUCAAACCCUUGCCCUCUCGCAUCGCCGCUGAGGACCUAGAGUUCUUGCGAUUUCGGGGCGUGCUGUCGAUUCCUGAGAGUGAGCUUCGCAAUGAACUGUUGCGAUGUUAUGUCAAAUGGGUGCAUAGCUUUAUUCCGGUCAUCAAUCUCCAGGAGUUCUUGCGAUGCGUCGCUGAGAAUGAUCCCAACGGCAACAUUAGUCUGCUGCUUUUUCAGGCCGUGAUGUUCGUUGCGACGGCUUUUAUCGAUCUUAAGCACUUACAGGCGGCGGGGUACUCCUCAAGGAAACAAGCCCGCAAUGCUUUCUAUACCCCGUUACGACUUCUCUAUUCCUUAGACUGCGAGGACGACCGGAUCGUGAUCCUCCAGACCCUGCUGCUGAUGACGUACUGGUGCGACCUUAUGAACCACCCCAAUCGAGACAUAUGGGACUGGAUCGGGAUUUGCAAUAUCCAAGCGCAUUCUAUCGGGUUGAAUCGAGACCCCAGCUCCGCCCCAAACAUGGAUCAGAAGACCAAGCGGUUGAGGGUGCGGCUAUGGUGGAGUUUAUACGCACGCGAUCGUCUGAUCGCCAUGGGGUUAAGGCGGCCGACACAGGUCAACGAGGGGACGAGCAAUGUGCCCCUGCUGAGGCUGGAGGACUUUGACUUCGAGCCAUACCACCCGGCUGUGGUCGAGCUAUUCCACUGCCGCCAGUUGGAAGAUUCGUCGCAUCAAAAGCGUCUCGCCACCAUGUUCAUCGAGAAAACCAAACUCUGCCAGUCCAUUGGCCGGGUGCUCUUCGCUCAAUAUUCGCCGUCGCAGCGGCAGUUCGGCAUGACCCACCGGACGACAAUAGCCCUUGUCCCACGACAAGCAUCAGAGUCGGAGCUCGCCAGAUGCAGCCAACGGCUCGAGUCCUGGCUCAAUUCCCUCCCAAAGGAUGCCCAGUUCAUUCCUGCUACACGACCCAACUCUGAGGAUGGGGAAGACGUCUUACUUCUCCACGGCGCCAUGCUCCGGAUGCUGUAUCACACGACAAUCAGCGCCUUACAUCGGCCCUGGGCCUUCACCCCAACCAAAGACGACAACAAAGCCCGUCACGAUUUAGCGAACACGGCACGGACCAAGAUGCACGACGCUGCUGUCGGGAUCACACAGAUCAUCCAGGGUCUGAACCGGCUCAACCUGACUCGUUUCCUGCCCCAGUCCGGCGUCACGGUCAUCACCCCUGCGGCGGUGGCACACUUAGCCAGUACCAUGUCGGACAAUCCGAGCGUUCGCGAAGCCGGCAUCUUCAACUUUCAGCGCUGCAUUCAAGUCCUCCAGGGUAUGAAAGAAAUCUACCCCGCCGCAGACAUGGAGAUGGCCAACGUGGAAGCGGCCGUCAAGGUUCAGACUGGCAGCGUGGGUACAUUCCUCCGCAUCAUGCAGUACAAUGAUAGGCAAUCCGAGCCACAAAAGCGAAGAGACAGCCUAGCACCAACCGUCCAAACUAUCCCAUCCCCAUCAGACGAUCAAAUACCACCCGAGUGGGCAACCACUUCACCCCCCACUUCACCAACAGCAUCUUCCACGACCGCUCUCCCCCCUCUACAACACCCUACCCCCAAGGCGACCUCCUCAAGCCACGCCCCGAGCCCUACCCGGACCCCACCAGCUGGCCCGAAAUGGACGUCAACUGGGCCGAGGAGCUACUGCGCGACACAGACCUCAGCCUCGAUUUCUCAGGAACAACAGACGAGGACUUCGCGCAUGACGUAUUUGUUUUCCCGCCCGAGGCGGAAUCUUAUGUUCCUCCUAACGCCGGUGCUGGCAGUGGUAGUUGGGACGUGCACCAUCCUCCUCGUUCUCGACCUCAUGCUCAUCCUCGCGACUUGGACCGCGACUUGGGGAUCGGUUUAUCUGGGGAUGAGAUGUUUUGAUUGA